UUACUUGGAAGGGGAAAGAUCGUCGAUUUCGAAGACGGUGAGAUUAUCGUCCGAGACAACGGCGUCGAUUAUCGACGGCGGGAUUAUCGUCAUCGUUAUCAUCAUAAUCGUCGCUGUCAUCAUCAUCGCCAUGGCUUAUGUGCUCUGGCGGGUGUUUAUGAAGAAGUACUCCAAGGUGCGGCUGGGCAUCAGGAAUCUACCGGUGAUCCCGGCGGAUCGUCGGCCGCCAGAGAAAGAAGAGACAUGGACCCUGGCUACCGAUCAACAGGAUUCGUGCGUCUUUUUCGACGGUGCCAUCCACGAUUCCAAGACGAAGGACGUGCACGAUUCCGAGAAAACGCAAUUGAAACCGCCCACGGAAGUAACACCUGGGGAUGCGGCGGAUAAUACGGAUAAUAUUUUGCCACGCAGUCAGGAGACCAGGAAGAGCAAGACCAAGAAAGUGAAGAGCUACCUGAAGAAGUGCAAGGGCGCGUUGUCGAAAGGUGAUGAGAGCGUCACGGAGAAGAAACGCCAGGAGAAUUGCACUUCGUGGUACUUGGAGGACGUUCCAACCUGCGCGAGUCAGCAGGAGGAUCGUGACGAACCUCCGGAGAAGUACACGGAAUUCCCCGAAGAGAGACUCGAGGGGGCGGCCCGUGAUGUGGAGCUUGUCGAAGAUCGCGCGUUUGAAACGCUCGAGGAGAAUUUCUCGAGGGGCGAGAACCUUGGGGAGACUCCGCACGAGGCUCUCACCAGGCUGUUGGAGGAGGAUCGCAGGGCCGAUCUUAACAGAAGUAGGACGUCUCUGUACGAGGACGCCAGAGACGCGAAUUCAGAGCAAUUCAUUUCGGAUGAGAAAAUUCCAACAAAGGAAUCGGAGCAUCUUCGCGAUGAAGGGAAAAAAGAUGCGGGAAUCUCAUUUGAAACACUGACAACGGAAGAUACGAAUUUGAACAAGUGCGAUUCGAGUGACACACUGAUAGCGGAAGUUCCGGAAGCGACGGAAACUGCAACGGGUCUCAACUCGGAAUUGACGAUCACUGUGAAAGAAGAGAAAAACGUGCCGGAAGAACCAACAGAUGAAGAAUUAUCAAUUUCUACAUUUUGCGGGAGUCGUGGGGCUUUUGCUUCUCUGGUCCGGAACUUGCUCGGACCGAUUUACGGCGACGGUGUUAUGAAUCUGGUGAUAAGACAAGCGCGGGAUAUCCUAGUUUGCGCUUAUCAUGGCAACUUGGAGAACUUCGUUCGGACUUAUCUCUCACCUGCCGCAGCUCUACUAGCGGAAGUCAAGAAUGUCGCCUCCGAAACGUAGGAUGGGAACAAAACGCAAUUAAAGAAAGUUGUUUACGCAGAUAGAUAAUUCCGCGAAGCAAUUAAAGUAAUCAGGUGCAUGCCCUCCAAGUAUGGUUA